AUGGCAGCCGAAAAAGUAUCACUCCCAGACUUUCUGAGCAGUCAGAAUAGCUGUCAGCUGGGAGCUUGUCACCUAUCAGUCGGAGAUCUGCUUGUGGGACGCAGCCAAAAGUUGACAGCUUCAUCUACAUGUGGAUUGUAUGGCCCUCAGAAGUAUUGCAUUGUGGGAUACCUUGAGGAUACGAAGAAAUGCUUCACCUGUGAUUCCAGGCAGCCCUACCACCCACUUUUCCAAACCAACAGCCACUCCAUUGAAAACGUGGUCACCCGUUUGGAACGCGACCAGAAGAAAUGGUGGCAAUCUGAAAACGGUGUUGACCAUGUCAGUAUUCAGCUGGACUUGGAAAACAUCUUUCAGUUCAGUCAUCUUAUUCUGAUUUUCAAGACUUUUCGUCCCGCCGCCAUGUUGGUGGAGCGUUCUGCAGAUUACGGUCAAACCUGGAAGGCCUAUCGAUAUUUCGCACAAAACUGUACUGCUUCUUUUCCGGACAUUCCUUCAAGGCCACCCAAAGAGGUUGGAGACCUCGUGUGUGACUCCAAAUAUUCAGAUAUCGAACCAUCAACCGAAGGGGAAGUUAUUUUCAAAGUCCUGGAUCCCAGAUUUGAAAUAGAAAAUUCUUAUGGUCCGUACAUCCAAGAGCUGGUUGCUUUUACAAAUCUGAGAAUCAACUUCACAAAGCUUCACAUGCUGGGAGAUACUUUACUUGGAGAAAAGAAACAGAGUCUUCUGAGAAACUACUACUAUGCGCUUUAUGAAAUGGUUGUUCACGGGAGUUGCAUGUGCAACGGCCACACCAGCCACUGUGGCCCUGGGGAAAAUCUGCGAGGGGAUGUCUUCCACGAGCCUGGGAUGGUCCACGGGAACUGCCUUUGUGAACACAACACAGACGGUUUGUCCUGUGAACGAUGCAAAGAUUUCUACAAUGACAUCCCUUGGAGGCCGGCUGAAGGAUCCCAGGAAAAUGCUUGCCGAAAAUGUGAAUGCAACGGUCAUUCAGAGAGCUGCCAUUUUGAUAUGGCCGUGUACCUUGCUAACAACCGUACCAGUGGCGGAGUUUGCGAAGACUGUCAGCACAACACAACGGGGCAGCAUUGUGAACGGUGCAAGCCGUUCUUUUAUCAGGAUCCCCAGAAGGCCAUGGUGGAUCCUCAUGCGUGUAUCCCUUGUGACUGCAAUCCAGAAGGCACUCUGCGAAAUGGGCUGUGCCAGGAUCAUUCGGAUCCUGUCCUUGGAAGCAUUGCUGGCCAGUGUCAUUGCAAAGCCAACGUUGAAGGCGUCCGUUGUGACAAGUGCAAGCCGCACUACUAUGGAAUCAAUGGAAGCGAUCCACUUGGCUGUCAGCCUUGCAGGUGUGACCCAAAGGGAAGUUUGCCUUUCUCUCUUUGCAACCCAGAAUCAGGAAAGUGUGUGUGCCAGGAAUUUGUCACUGGACAACGUUGUGAACACUGUCUUGAAGGAUACUGGGGUCUUGGAAGUCACGUUUAUGGAUGCUCUGCGUGUGAUUGUGACAUUGGUGGCGCCUACAAUUAUUCGUGCGCACCUACCGACGGACAGUGUGACUGCAGAACUAAUAUAGUAGGCCGACAAUGUAGUGACCCAGCUGCAGGCUACUUUUUCUUACCUUUGGAUUAUUAUAUAUAUGAAGCUGAAGAUUCAGCGCCACUCCUUGGACCUCUGCCCUUGAAUCCGGUUCCGUUCAGCAGAAACCCGGCUCUGAAUAUUGUGAUUAAAGAGGUUGUGCCUGGAAAACCCAUGACAUGGUCAGGACUGGGUUUUGUCCGUGUGCAAAGCAAAGCAGGAUUACGUUUUUUGAUCAACAACAUUCCAUUUCUGAUGGACUUUAAUGUUAUUGUCCGUUAUGAGCCAGAGGCUUCAGAUGAUUGGAGAGCAACUAUUAUUGUUAAGUCUUCUGGCUCUGUAGGAAGUGAACACUGCAAGAACCGAGUUGCUCUGGAAGAACCACAGUUCCUUGAUUUGCCAUCCACAAGGAGAAUUCAGUUUCUAUCUACUCCGAUAUGCUUACAACCAAAGAGAGAAUAUUUUAUAGAUGUCUAUUUUUCCAAGACUUUAGAUCCAGAACCGGAGUCUCAAUCCUCCAUACUGGUUGAUUCAAUCGGACUCCUCCCUGCCAUCGCUUCUGUGGAAAACCUUUGCGAUCAAAAUGAUUUAGAGGAGUUUCGGCAGUAUCAUUGCGUGGAAAGUGCCUCGGAAAUCGGACCACACAUUUUACCGGAAACCUGCGCAAAACUUAUUGCGAGUUUGUCUGCCCGGAUUCACAAUGGUGCCGUCCCCUGCAGGUGCCAUCCGCAAGGUUCCCUGAAUUCCCACUGCACAAAACUUGGAGGCCAGUGCCAAUGCAAGCCCAAUGUUGUAGGACGCUGUUGCGAUAAAUGUGCAGCCGGGAGUCACAGCUUCGGGCCCCAAGGUUGCCUUGCAUGUGACUGUCAUCCUCAAGGAUCAGUAGACACCCUGUGUGACCAGGUGACCGGACAGUGUUCCUGUCGACCAGAAGUAGCCGGCCAGCAGUGCCAUCAAUGCCUAGUUGGAUAUUUUGGCUUUCCCCAUUGUCGUCCUUGUGCUUGCAACGGCUUCGCGGAACUUUGCAAUCCGCAGACUGGAGCGUGUUUGAACUGCACAAACUUCACCACCGGAUCUAACUGUGAAAGGUGCUUGGAUGGGUAUUAUGGAAAUCCCAAGGAAAGAGAACCUUGUCAUCCUUGUAUGUGCCCAGAUUCCCCAACCAGCAAGAGAUAUUUUGCACAUUCCUGUUUCCAAGACCCUCAGACCAAAAGGUUAAUCUGCAAAUGCUUUGCGGGCUAUUCAGGUGACCGCUGUGAUAAAUGCUCCAGUGGAUUCCAUGGAAAUCCAAGUGCACCAGCAAAUCAAUGUCUUCCUUGUUUUUGCAAUAACAACACGGAUGUGGCAGACCCAGAGUCUUGCAACAAGGACACUGGAGAGUGUUCAAAAUGCUUACACAACACUCAUGGACCAAACUGUCAGUUCUGUAAACCUGGUUAUUUUGGAUCAGCACUUCUGAGGAACUGUAGAGAAUGUAACUGCAACCUUUUGGGUGUGAAUCCAGAAAAAUGCCCACCUGGAAGUGACUUUUGCGCAUGUGACCAGACCACUGGUGAAUGCCCUUGCUCCCCUCAUGUGAUAGGCGAGAAGUGUGACCAAUGUGCUCCUGGCUUCUGGAACAUGGCCCAGAGAAGAGGAUGCUGUCCCUGUGGCUGCCAUCCCAAACGCUCCAUAAACAACAUUUGUGAUCAGUUUACAGGCCAGUGUCCGUGUAACGCCGGUUACGCCGGAAGACGUUGCGACAUCUGUGCUGAAAAUCAUUAUGGCAUCGAUUGUAUCGAAUGUAAGUGUAACAAGGAGGGAACUCUGAUUCCCACGUGCGAUCAAGACACUGGAGUGUGUCACUGCCGGACUGGCUUCACCGGAAAGCACUGCGAUCAGUGUGCACGCAAUCACAAGCAAGAAUUCCCCUCCUGUCCUCGCUGUCACGUUUGUUUCGAUCAGUGGGAUAAUAUCAUGAAUUCGUUGUCGCGGAGGAUUCAAAAAUUAUUGAAAUUUGCCGCCACGCUAGCAGAGAAGAGGAAAACUACGCCGGGCUGUGAUUUCAACUUUAAAGGCUAUGAAAAUAAAAUUGCAGACUUAGAAAAGGUCUUGAAAAGCUCGUUCCUGUUUUCCGAGACAAUCUUGGAUAUUAAAAAAGUCCAGGACAAUAUUAGGCAAACAGUUUCUCACAUGUUUCUGCAACCUGGCACACUGGAUCAGAUUCCUGAUUUUGACAGCAUAAUUGAAAACUUGCAGAAGGAUGUUGACAAUCUCUCUGAAAGCCUGCAGAAGACAAUGGAAGUGCAUCGCAGGAUGAAUUACUUGCAAUUCCAGGAUUUUUUCGACAAAUUAAAGAAUUAUCAUCAAAUCAUGUUGGCUGCUGAGAAGAGAACCAACGAAACCAGAUCCCUCCUAGUUCAUGGGGGAGAAAUAAGGAGCAAUGCGUCUGCCCUGCUGAAUGACCUGGGAGUAAAGGAGAACGUUACACUGAGUCACCUGAAGACGUUCACAAUGUCAGAAAUUGAAAAUAUCAAUGGAAAAGUAUGUGGGAUGCCAGGAAACAUCUCUUGUGCCAUGGCAGAGUGUGGCGGGGCUUUAUGUCGUGACAGGCAGGGCAACAAACAUUGUGGCGGUCCAAACUGUGAUGGAGCACACCCCGUUUCUACCAAUGCCUUUAGAAAGGCUGAUCUCACGGGCCAGCUGUUAAGUAACCUAACUAAUCAGGUGCAAGGAUCUCAGAAUAAGAUCGAAACUAUAAGGAAAAUGACUGAAGACACUAAGGAAAAAACAUUGGAGAAUCAUGGAAAACUGGAGAAAAGUAAAUAUCAAAUGGAAAACAAAAGAGAAAACAUGAAACAGCUGAUCAAGAGACUGAAGAAUUUUUUGCUAGAGGAAAGUGCCCCGCCGGAGGAUAUAGAAAAAGUUGCAAAUUAUGUUCUGGCCAUCAAGAUGCACGAAGGACCUCAGGAGCUGCCAGACCUUCUCAACAACCUCAAGAGUCUCAUAACACAUUGUGAGGACAGCACAAAAUAUACCCAAAACUUAAAGAAACAAAAGGAAGAGCCAGAGAAGCUUUUGAAGAAAGCCAAAGAAGCUGAGGAUAAAACAAAAGCUCUCACCACGGCUGAUGAAAUUAUAAGCCACCUGAAAGAAGUAGAAGUUACUCAGCAACAAACCCAAGAUGCCUUGGCAACUUUCAAUGAGAAAAUGGAAAAAACAAUAGCAAAUAUUUCAGAGGCUGAGAACCAAAUGAAGAAGGCUGCCACUGAGCUGCAGGCUUUUCCAGAAAAACAGUCCAAACUGGCCAACGAAAUAGGUUCCCUGAAGACCAAAAUGGAGAGGAACAGAAUCCAAGCCAUAGAUGCAAGAUCAAAGGCAGAGGAAGCCCAAACUCAAGCGACAGCGAGUAAUAAGGAGCUUGCUAAUCUUGAACACAAAUACAGCAACUUGCAAGACAAACUUCUGACCCACGGAGUUACGUUAGAAACUUUGGAGAAACUCAACUGGUUGAAAAAAGAGGCGGAAGAACUGGCUAAUGAGACCGCGGAGAAAGUGAAAAGAAUCACUGAUCUGGAAAAGAAGAUACAAGAUUUGAACCAGAUUAAACAGCAAAAGGCGGAUCAGCUGAAGCAGCUGGAGGAUCAAGUUAUAGCCAUUAAAAACGAGAUAGCUGAGGAAUCCGACAGACACGCUACUUGUAAAAGUUAG